GCAGCGGUGAGGAUGCAACAGUGAUCCAGGAAAAAACACAGCAUUGUUCCUCGGACACCGGCUGACUAGGACCUGGCUCUCACGCGCUUAUCACGGCUCGGCCCGCUUAACAGAACCCUCGAAGGACACACACGCAGAACCAGUGGUAGUUAUCCAGACCAGUGAUGAGUGUAAAUGUGAAGUCCCCCCCUCGGGCGGCUCCCUCUUCAGGGAUCCCCCUCCCUCGGAGCCUGCUCCCUUCCUCUCCCAAAGGAGACUCUCGCCUUCAGACCAGCAGCCUCCCUCGACCCUCCACACACAAAUCUAAACAACUCACACCCACACAGACACCCACACACUCUCCCAAACUGUCCGCAAGGAACACCGGCAUCCCAGGGCCCUCCUCCAAGGAUCUUCUCAGGGAUGCCACCCUGAGGAACAAGCUCCUGCAGCAGGCAGCUCUACCCGUUCCCCAGGCCUCACGCUCGGCCUACAGCAGUCCCCUGACUCAGCGCAGGGAGCCUCCGCGCUCCAGAGACACACUGGACUUGGGGAAAGUCACACACACCUCAGCACACGUAGCCACAUUCCUCCCAUCGUACACACCCCCACACACAAGCACACACACUCCCCAGAACAGUAACCAGAACAGAUAUACCUGUGCUAACAGGAACCAGCAAUGGGGAGACAGCAACCUCAGUCCCCAGUUCCUGCCAAGGAGAAGGGAAAAUUACAAUACCCACACCCAGGAGGAAGGAGGGAGCCCAGGGGACAGAGGGGAUGAUGAGGACCCUCCUGAGCCAGUCCUUGUGGAAGACCGGUCAUCUAGAUUCAGCAAUGACAACCUGCGGCCUCCUCCUCCUCUUACCUUGACCCCUGACCCCUCCUUCAGGGGUCGAAGUGGCUCCAGUAGCCAAUCGGAUGAGGAGAUGGGAACCCCAGAGGACCUGAGUCCUGUCGUGUCUCCGACCCAGAUCACUCCUCAACCUAUCACCUUGGCCCAAGCUCCCUGCCAGCAGAGAGAGACCCCGCCCACAGACACACAGACACCCAGAGUCAACAUGGCCACUGUGGCUCCCUUCAGAUACAGGCUGCAGGUUCAGGAAAGAGAUGUCUCAGUGGAGGAGCUGAGCGACUGUUCCUCUGGAUCCAUCGAAGUCUGCUGCGAAGACCUAACGCUCGGCGGGAUGCUGGGGGAUAAUGUGGCGGCUAACGUUAGCAUGAGUGCUAAGACCAGAGAGCUCGACUCCCAGAGCCAGGAGCCCCCGGCCAGGCAAAUCAUGACUUCCAGGAAGGGCCCCGCUAAGCCCUCCUCGUUACCCCAGGGGCCCUCACGACCCUCUGGCCCUGAGCUCAGGGUGUACCGCCCUGGAACAGGACCAGGACCCAACAACAUCCCUAACCCCUCCAAGCUUCGCAAGCAGCGCUCGCUCACCAACCUGUGUGUGCUCACCGACGCGGAGAAGAAACUCCACCUCUACCAACCCCCCGGCUGGACUGACGACAUGGGUCGGCCAGGCACCGGAAUCCCCAAGACGGGCCAGACCAAGACGGGUCAGAUAGGGGUGGGUGGUGGCGGGAGGGCGCCUCUGUCGCGCACCCUUUCCAAGUCGGAGCAGUCUCUUUUCCAGGGCAAACCCAAGCCCUUCUCCCCCCCGGCGGUGACCCCCAGUCUGGGGAAGCCCAGCCGCAUUCCCCGGGGACCCUACGCCGAGGUAAAGCCCAUCAGCAAGGCUCCCGAGUCGGGUCAGAGCGGAGAUGUGGACCCCUCCGACCACCAGGCUCCCCACAGCAAAGCUAAGGCGACCGCCAAUGGAAAGAAAACUGUUGAGAAAGGAAGAGUUGCUGUUCCCUCGGCGGAGGAGAAGAAAGAGGGGAAGGGAACAGAGGGAGAGGAAGAUAAGGCGUUUCUAAAGGUGGACCCGGAGCUGGUGGUUACAGUUCUUGGAGACUUGGAGCAGCUUCUCUUCAGCCACAUGCUGGAUCCCGAGUCCCAGAGGAAGCGGACUGUGCAGAACGUCCUGGACCUGAGGCAGAACCUGGAGGACACCAUGACCAGCCUGAGAGGGGCACAGCUCAGCCACAGUUGCCUUGACGGGGGCGUGUGCUACGACAGCGACGAAGCCGCCGCCUUCUCCAUCUCCAGCCUAUCGAAUCGCUCCUCUCCGUUGUCCUGGCGCCAGGGCCAGGCCAGCCCCCGACUACAAGCUGGCGAUGCCCCCUCCACAGGUCACACCCAGUCGCACGGCCCCAUUCGUCUAAGCCACACCUCCCGCAUCCAGCUCAUCGAGGGAUUGGACGUCACCGACCCCGCCCAUCUGAAGAAGGGGGGUUACCUUAGCGACAGCGACCUAGGCGGCAAAAGUCCAACGGAGGAUGAAGAUGAUGAUGAUGAUGAUGAUGACGACUUGGUUAAUGGCUGGGAUGAGAGCAGCUCCAUCAGCAGCGGCCUGAGUGACGGCUCUGACAACCUCAGCUCAGAGGAGUUCAACGCCAGCCCCACCCUCACCUCCCUCCCCACCACACCCAUAGGCUCCCGACGGAACUCCGCCAUUGUGAUGCGUACGGACGCUGAGAAGCGUUCUCUGGUGGAGAGCGGCCUCUCCUGGGACGGCGACGACACCAAGCCCAGCCGCAAGAGCCUGGGGGGCGGCGGCCUGUACGACACGGGCAGCCUGAAGACCGAGUCGGCCAGCCGCUGGAAGAAGCCCCGGCCGCAGGGGGAGGGCUUAGAGACGGGCUUGAGGGAGCUGAAGAAGCCGCAGACCCUGAGCCAAUCGGCCGUGCUGAAGAAAGGGGGGCGUAACCCGCCCGUGGGAGUCACCUCCCCCAUCACGCACACGUCACAGGGCGCGCUCAAAGUGGCAGCCCUAGCUAAGUCUGACGGCAAGGUGGUGGAUAAGUCUCGCCUGGCCAUCCGGUCCUCCGGUCUGCAGCGCUCAUGCUCGGACGCCGGUAAAGAACCGCGAGUAGGCGGGGCUGGCGAGCAGCGGAAGCCCCCCUCCGGCCUGGUCCGCCCCGCCACCGCCGGAGGAAACUUCGGCUACAAGAAGCCUGCGCCGUCACUCGGUAACGGCACCACCGGCACGGCAACCGUCACGACCACCAACGGCUCAUCCAUCUGCGGCGGCUCGGCCACCGUCGGCAAGAUCCCCAAAUCCUCCGGCAUCCCCGUGAAACCGUCCUGCGGCGGCAGCGGAGGAGCCGGCAGCAGGAAAACCAGUCUGGACGUGUCGGGCAGUGAGCACAGCGGCUUCCUGUCCCCCAGCGCCAGGAACUCUGUCCAGUACCGCUCUCUGCCCAGGCCGGCCAAGACCAGCACGCUCAGCCUCACCAAGCCCACGGCCGGACGGCCUGUCAGCAGCAGCAUGGACGCUGGCUGCGGCCAGCUGAGCGUCAAGCCCUUCAGCACCAUGCACAGCCCGGCCAGCCAGGGCUCCCGCCUGAAGGAGCCCGGCUCCGGGCUUGGCGGGAGCGGCCUGGGCAAGGCUGGAGGCCGGGGCAUUCCCAGCCCCGGGCCUGUCAACCAGACCGACAGGGAGAAGGAGAAGGAGCGAGCCAAGGCCAAGGCGGUGGGCUCGGACUCGGAGUGCGGAGGAGGAGAGAGGGCGUCGGCGUUGAAGACCCCCGGAGAGAAGCUCCAGGGGCUCAGGCCGCCCAGCUCGGGGAAGGGGGCGGAGCCACUCUCAGCCAACACACACAGGCUGUCAGGGGUUAGGACCCUGGGGAAGCCUCCAUCUAUGGUUCACCUGGACAAGCUCAGCUCCAGCAGUCUGGAGGUGGGGAUGGGCAUCCAGGACCCCCUGCCCCCCAAAAUUCCCCCCUACUCCAAGCUCCAGGAUCUGGUCAGCUCUGGGGGAUGCACCACUACCCCUUGCCUGACCCCCAGUCCGGCCCCCCUCCUUAACGUCAACUCCUCAGCCUGCUUCUCUGGCCCUGGGCUGGGCCCCAGGCAGGGCUCAGCCCUGGGGGUCGGCGGGGUCGCUGGGAGCGGCUCCCCCCUGCUUUACCCCCGUCUCUCCGGGCUCCAUCGGAGCAUGGAGUCCCUGCCCCUCCAGAUGAGCCUGGCCCCAGAGCCCCAGGACAGGGAGAGGCUUGCCGGAGGCUACCCAGGCACGGAGCAGCGAGACAGGGAUAGACAGGAGGAGAGGGUCCCUGGGACCUGGAAGUCUGGGAGUAGGAUGUCACUCACUCUUAGUGAAAGUUCCCACAAGGAUAGAAACACUCUGCCGAAGAAGGGGCUCAGUUACAGCAGUCCGUCACAGAGUGAGGAGGAGGGGAAGGAGAGGAGACACUCCCACACCAUCCUGAGCCUGACGGACUCCCUCACCCCCCCUCUGCUGCCCUCCCCCACCUCCCUGCCACGCUCCGCCAAGACCAGCGUCGUGGCCCCCAGCCCCAUCAUCUGCCCCCCCAGGAUGACCCGCUCCAACAGCAUCCCCACCCACGAUGCCUCCCUGGAGCUGUAUACGUCCCCGCUGGGCAGCACGCUGUCCUUGGCUGAACGCCCCCGCAGCAUGGGAAUGGUCCGGUCCGGCUCCUUCAGAGACAGGGAUCCCAAUGAUGAGAUCCAUGGCUCUGUACUCUCUCUGGCCUCCAACGCCUCAUCAAACUACUCCUCGGCUGAGGAGAGGAUACAGGGCGAGCAAAUCCGUAAACUGAGGAGGGAGCUGGAGUCUUCCCAGGAGAAAGUGGCGAACCUCACCACCCAGCUCUCCGCUAACGCAAAUCUGGUGGCAGCCUUUGAGCAGAGUCUGGCCCUGAUGACCACACGCCUGCAGAGUCUGUCUGUCAGCCAGGAGCAGAAGGACACUGAGCUUGUGGACCUGAGGGACACCAUCGAAGCCCUGCAGUCCAAGAACCACGAGGCCCAGGCUGUCAUCCAGGGAGCGCUCAACAUCUCCGACAGCGCCCCCAAAGACCUGCGUAUGCGUCGUCAGAACUCCUGUGAGAGCAUCUCCAGCCUCAACAGUCUGACCAGCCUGUCCAGCAUGGGCAGCCUGAAGGACCAGGACGCCAAGAAGAAGAAGAAGAAGAGCUGGUUGAGGAGCUCCUUCAACAAGGCCUUCAGCAUCAAGAAGGGCCCAAAGACCUACUCGGACAUCGAGGAGAUCGCCACGCCCGAUUCCUCCGCCCCCAACUCCCCCAAGAUGCCCCACGAGGGGGGAGAAGCAGAGGAGAGCCAGACCCCAUCCCUCAAAACCUCCAUCUCUGCCACCUCCUCAGUGAUAUUGGAAGGAGAGGAGCCUGAGAGCGAGGAGAGGGUGGUGUCGGAGCUUCGCUCGGAACUCUGGGAAAAAGAGAUGAAGUUGACGGAUAUUAGGUUGGAGGCUUUAAACUCCGCCCACCAGCUGGAGCAACUGAGAGACGCUAUGAACAGCAUGCAGUCAACCGUGGAGAACUUGAAGGCGGAGAACGACCAGUUGAAGACUGGAGGUCCCGCCCCCCUCCCGACCUCUGGCCCGCCCAUGUCCACCUCCCAGCCCUCUGGAUUGGCUUCCCUAAUGGGGUCCUCAACGAGGCAGCCAAUGAGCAUGUCCCUCACCAAGUCUUUCAGCCUCAGCUUGAACGACUGCAAAGAUCCAGAGCUUUCUCCAGCCGACACACUGAGUGUGUCCUCCCUUCAUGAUGAGGUGUGUGUGCGUGUGCUGGUGCGCAUCAGUGACCAGGGCCCCGUAUCUGAGGAGGGACAGCAGCAGGACUUCUACCUGGGCUCAGUCAGGGUUGGUGGGAGGACGGACUGGGCCUCUCUGGACUCCCUCAUUGCCAAGACCUUCAGGGACUACAUUUACCAAGUUGAUCCUACAGCCAGUCUGGGGCUCACUUGCGAUUCGCUGCAUAGCUACCAGCUGACUCAAGGAGGGCGGAGGGUGCUGGGGGGAGACAAACCCCUGUCCUCGCCAUCCCGUUACCUAGGAAACGGUCCAGGCCGCAUUGUUGUCAGUUUGAAAGGCCUGAGAGAGAAGUCUGUGGAUUCCUUGGUGUUUGAGACGCUGGUGCCCAAGCCCAUGAUGCAACACUACAUCAGCCUGCUGCUGAAGCACAGACGCCUGAUUCUGUCUGGGCCCAGCGGCACGGGCAAGACGUACCUGACAACCCGGCUGGCCCGCUACCUGCUGCAGCGCAGUCUCCCAGACACCUCCGACCCCGACCACGAGCCCUCGCCCCCCUCGCCCCCCUCCCCCCUGAGCCACGGGGCCGCCGUCACCUUCAACAUGCACCGCCAGUCGCACAAGGAGCUGCAGCUGUACCUGUCCAACAUGGCCAAUCAGAUAGACCGGGAGAGCUGCGGAGAGCUGCCAUUGGUCAUCAUCCUGGAUGACAUCAGCGACGCGGUGGCUGUCAGCGAGUUGGUCAAUGGGGCUCUCACCUGCAAAUACCACAAAUGUCCCUACAUCAUCGGGACCACCAACCAGCCGGUGAAGAUGAGUCCGAACCACGGACUUCACCUCAGCUUUAGGAUGGUGACCUUCUCCAACAACGUGGAGCCGGCCAACGGCUUCCUGCUGAGGUACCUCCACCGCAAGGCUGUGGAAGCCCAGACCCAGCAGCCUCCCCAGGACGAGGGGGGCCAGGGCCCCUGCGCCCCUGCCCCCGCCCUGCUCGCUGUCCUGGACUGGGUCCCCCAGCUCUGGUACCACCUCCAUACCUUCCUGGAGAAACACAGCACCUCCGACUUCCUCAUAGGCCCCUGCUUCUUCCUGUCAUGCCCAGUGACGGUGGCAGAGUUCCGGCCAUGGUUCAUUGAUCUGUGGAACCUCUCUAUCAUACCUUACCUACAGGAGGGAGCCAAAGAUGGCAUUAAGGUGCACGGUCAGAAGGCGGUGUGGGAGGACCCAGUGGAGUGGGUGAGGGGGACCCUCCCCUGGCCCAACGCCCAGCAGGACCAGGCUCGCCUCACACACCUGCCUCCCCCCAGCAGCGGGCCCCCCAGCAGCGAGGACAGACGGGCUCCCAAAGACACCCCGCCUCCUUGCACACUGGAGUCCGACCCCCUGAUGGCCAUGCUGCUGAAGCUGCAGGAGUCCGCUAACUACAUCGAGUCUCCGGAGCGGGAGAGCACGUUCGACUCUCCAGGACACUCUCUGAGCCUAGCGCCACGCUAGGCUAACUCGGCCUAGCCUCUGGGAUAAAGACUCUGGGUCAAACUAUGGGACCAACAACAGCGCUUUUCUAGGCUAAUGGCGAACACAACAUUGGCUACAAUCCAAAUGAGAGACUAAAGACUGAAUGGGGAGCGAUGUACUCUGAGGGCAUAAGAAUAAUUAAGCAUUUUGACGUACAAAGCCUGCAGUGCUUGGCUUCAGUGGACAAGAGGCUUGGUUGGCCAUGCAAGUCUACUAUUAGGAGUUUCGGACAAACUAAAUCGUGUUGAAGUCUUCAUUUCCAUGUAGCGAGACAUGAAUAUGCAUUUUUCUGUCCUAUGUUCCUUCUGUGGCGGUCAUUGUUAAAACUGCAAGUGCAUGGUAACAAAAAUGUUUGACAAAUAUUAUACCCUUAUGAUUUUAUAGAUCUGAACCAUACAUCCAUUCAUCACUGAUGGAGAACCCAACCAUAGAUCAACAUCUAUCUGGGGUAACGCCUACACUUACCUGGUGCUUAAGGAAAACUAACAAGUGUCCCACCUACAUACACCUUUAGUCUUUAAGAAAGUCUAACAUUUACAAUUCUUUCUAGACAUUUUAGCCAAAAUGCACUUUAUUUUCUACUGAAUUGGAUUCUUUGAGGACUUUUUCCAGUGUGUGCUUCUGAAUGGGGGACAAUCUUAAAGGGGAGGCCUGGUUGUGUAGUUCACUAUUUGAUCCUGAAGGGGACAGUGUUGGACCCUUGCUCCUUACUUCAAGGUGCUUUUCAACCACCCAGUUCUGUGUGGUCCAAACUAGUGAUGAGUUUUAUAUUUAUUAUCGUUUUUGUUUAAUACUACUUAUCAAAUUGAUCAUAUGUCAUUACUGUGAAUGUACUCACGGCAGGCAAGGCUAUUUCCUGUGGAAUGCAUAACAUGCAUACUUAAGUGAGUCCAGUAAACUGUGAUUUCAUUUUGGCACACAGACAGUCCUCAGCAGCAAUAUAUUCUGAUCUCUGAACCCCCCCACGUGUGUCCCUAUCAAUAUGGCACCUCGUUCACCUAAUCCUGCCUACAUGGACUUCUUUAUCAGCCUACCAGAGAGGUUCUCGAUGCAUGCAAGUCAGCUGUGCACCAGGGAGGAGAGGAGAGCAGAGGAUCAUAUCGUAUAAUGUGUUGUCUGCGUUAGUGGACUGUGUGAGUGUGACCUGUGUACAUGGGGUCUGUCAGCCCAGAGACACACCUCCACUUGGAGAUAUUACAAGCUGAUUGGCUCAGAAAUGUUCAGUGGAUGUACUGACAAACCACAGUGUGUGUUGUUAAACACUCGAUCGCACUAGAGAAGAAAAAAAAGAUGAGAUCUACUUUACUAGUCUGCCAACACAUGCCUACACUAUCUGGCUAUGCUUGCUGUGUGUACUUCAAUAUCUGUCUUAAUACUCUCCUACUUAAAAUGACUACUACAUGAUUUCUUAGGGUACAACUUUGAGAUCUUGUUUUUGUAGAUUUUUAUACAGUGUCAUCCUCACCUGCCAUCAAUGUAAACCCAUCAAUCUGAACCAACACAUCACCAUCGGGGCAACAUGCUGUCGUGUUAAAGUAAAAACCAAAGCCAACUUGUGAUUGAGGGAUAGUUCACAUCUGUCAACAUUAGGCGUGUUCAUCACUCAUAAUGAAUUUGGGAAUCCUUUCUGGAUAGAAUUGGAGCUAUAGGUUAGUGUCAAAAAACAAAACAUGACAGAAGUGCUAUCUAACAUAAUAAAACUGUCACAUUCAUUUGACUGUAUCAUGAGGGCUAGAGAAACAUAGCAAGUCCAUUACGCAAAAUGACAGCAACAACCGACAAACUUGUCGAACUUUGUUACUUAUUAGUUCUUCAUAACUUCCAGUAGGGUUUAGAGCUACAGUUUAUCCUGUUUUAAACCUGUAUGAUGGAUUCCUUUGACCCAAGCUUUGGAGAAUGGGACCUGAGAAGACAUGCCAGCUGCUGUGCACAGAGUUAAAAGACAAGAUGGCUGCUUCUCGGUUUUGAGUCUUUUCCUCACUUCCUUCUUGCUUCCAACUGCACCGAUCUGCAGCAGUAGGACAACAUCACAGCUGUUACCUGCUGUCUUUUGAGAGGUGCAGACAAAGGAUGUAGGAUACCUCUCCAGACUAUUGAGAUGCACCCAUCUUGUCGGCUCUGUGUUCAGGAAGUACCUCAGACUGCUGCAGGAGUGAAGUUCCCUCCCUGAACUGUAACCGUGGGGAUGCUGGUGUAACGUUCCAACAAGCUGCCUCAGACUGUCUGUGCCUGAAGACCUGGAGGCCGGAUGUGUACACGACCAUCCUGGCCUCUCAACACUGCCCCUCAACACUGCCCAAGGCCGGGUGUUGGAGAGAGCGGUCUGAACGACAUCAUUUCCUCUCACCUGCUCUGAUGUCACUUUAGUGCCCAGACCUUGGAGAGUCAUGAAUUGUGGUCAUGUUGAUGUUGGAAUUGGAACAAUGCUGUUGCUGUGUUUGAAGAGAGUCGGUUGGGGUGUACCUUACCUGUGUGUGAUUUUGACUUCAUAUACAGCAACUUCCUGUAAAAGCUGCUUACCUGUGUGGAAGACUUGAUGGCAAGGGGGUUUGCUUUUUAUGGGGACUGAGAAUAAUGUAAUGAAUGGUGAUACAUGCAGUUUUAUUCCCCGGAACAGUCAGAAUUGAUGCAUGUAUCUCAUGGUGAUCUCCCAAAGUUUCUGUCCUUGGACCUACCAGAUCCUAUCUUAUCAAUGGGGGGGAUUUGUAAUAACUGGAUUUCUUCUUUUUUUCUCUCUUUUUUUUUUUAACAAUCAAUGUACUUUUUUUCGGAAGCAAUUCUUUGUAAAACCUUCUUUGUCUUUUGUACAGGACAUCACUAUUGUAAACACUGUAAAUAAUCAACGCAUCUGCGACAACAAUCACUAAAGUAUAGGAAUAUGGUAUAAGGAGAGGAGCUGCCAUUGGAGAGAGUUGCAGGUGUGGUGGUCUUUUUGUAUUUACUCCAGUGGUGAGGAGCCCUAACCGUGACAAGGGCGGAAUGGCAUGUUUCUAUACCAUGGCGAAUCCCAUAUGUCUAGCAUUGCUCUAUGGUCUCAAUAAAGUCAUGCCAUCCUUAGAAUCA